ACUCAUUUGUGAUCUUAGCCGGAAGGAAGAGGCUCCUUUCCUCACUGACACCGAGCAGCUGGCAAUGCAUCGGGCUCUCCAAAACAGCCUGACCAUUUCGUCUCUGUAACCAGCCAAACCUAGCAUGCUUAGCAGGCAGGUGUUUGAUCCGUGGACUGCUGCUACCUCUCUGGACGCUGUCCCGAUAUCUUCUGAAUCAGAACUGCGGGGAGAUUUAUACCCGGAUAUUCAAAGUGAAACAGUGACGUCCAGAGCUGACGCGAUGCUGGGGGAUCAGGCCGUGCACUGAGCCUCUCAUGGCCGUCAGCACCAUGGACUCCGAGUCAACCCGAACGCCUCCACCCAGGGCUGGCCUGACCAAAGGGGGCUCCUCCCUGCUGCCUGCUGGGGUUCUCAGCGCCAAGUUGGGCCCUCAGGGAAAGCACUAUGUCUGUGGCUCCAUGGCCGCCUUCACCAACAUCUUGGUGACCUUCCCCAUCCAGAAAGUCCUCUUCCGCCAGCAGCUGCACGGCGUGCUGGUCGCCGAGGCGGUGCAGCAGCUGCAGAGGGACGGGCUGAGGAACCUGUACCGGGGCCUGCUCCCGCCGCUGCUGCAGAAGAGCACCACGGUGGCCAUCAUGUUCGGCCUGUACGAGGACUUCUCCAGGGUGCUGCACGACCGCGUCGGCGGCUGCGGCGCGCCGGAGCUGGCCACGCGGAGCUUCGCCGCGGCGCUGGCGGGGACCGCCGAAGCCGUCCUCACGCCGUUCGAGCGCGUGCAGACUCUGCUGCAGGACCAUCGGCACCACGGGCGCUUCAACAACACCGCCCACACCUUCCGGACACUCGUGACCGAGCACGGCGUCAGGGAGUGCUACCGCGGCCUCGUGCCCAUACUGCUCCGUAACGGCCCCAGCAACGUGCUCUUCUUUGGCCUGCGGGGCCCCAUUAAGGAGCUGCUGCCAGAAGCCACUAACAAGGCGGGGCACUUGGUGAAUGAUUUUGUGUGCGGGGGGGUGCUGGGGGCGGCCCUCGGCAUUUUGUUCUACCCAUUAAACGUGGUCAAGUCGCGGGCUCAGUCUCAGGUCGGUGGAGCCUUCCAGCCUUGCCGGGAGGUGCUGCUAACGGUGUGGACGGAGAGGGGGGGCAGCGUGGCCAUGCUCUUCAGAGGAGCCCAUCUCAACUACCACCGCUCGCUGAUCUCCUGGGGGAUCAUCAACGCCACCUACGAGCUGCUGCUGAAGCUGCUUUGAAAGGAGGAACGGAGGAGGAGGAGCUUCUAAAAGGGAUGGUCGAGCUGAAGAGAGGAGAGAGAAAUGGCAAAGUUGAUGUCUGGCUCUGUUAUUCCAGGACUGAGAGAGAGAGAGAGAGGGGGAAGAGAGGGGCCAGCUGCAAGUGUAAGAAACAGCCUGCCAUUGUUGUUUUUUUAUUGUGAUAAAAAUCAAGAUGCACACUUCAGCUUCCACAUAAUCUGUGCCAGGGUCCAAAUAGUAAGCCCUUGUUCCGUCUGCGUGCGCAGGAGAGUGUGUUGUUUUUUUUUGUUUUUUUUUUACAGCGUCACGUAAUUUCAUUCACUGUUUCGUAGGAAAAUCUUUUUCUCUUUGUGCCGUGGAGUUUUGAAAAUGGCAUCCCUCCGAUUUCUCACCCGAAAGCUCUUCCUGUGUCACUCUGUGAUCUUCUGACACCGAAACACUUUAGUGCUUUUGACCAUUGAAUUGUCCGGAGGGUGUUCAUCAAGAAGAGAUUCAUAACACUUAUUUCUCUGUUUUUUUCCCCCCACUGGCCACUUAUUUAAAGCGUUUGCUAAAAAAAAAUAUUAAAUUAUUAAUCUCUGAGAAACUCUUUGCUUAUUUUUUUAAAUCGGCAAAAGUAGGACACGACAGAUUAAAGUGUCAGGUUCAAAACUAGAGGCGCACCGGUUGAUCGCCCAGUGAUCAGAAUAUGACAGUUUUCUCCACAUCGGCGGGUCAAAAAAGUAUUUCCUUUUUUUCAUUAAAUGCAUUAGAACUAAGAAAUUCCUCCAUUUUCAGUGUAUAAACGCAUCAACUAACAAAUUGCACUAUGACGUAAAACUCCGCUACAGGAUAGCAACACAUGCCUCAGAGCAUCAACGGGGGGUGAUCUUGUAAUAACUUCAGAACUGCUCUAUCAAAGAACCCAUAUUUCUUUGUCAUCUUGUGUCAUUUUCCUCUGGAGGGGGAAAAAAAAGGAGAAAGAAAGUAAAAAAUCACUUAAAAUGUACAUCAUGAGUCCAGAGACUUGUAUCGACGAGGUUAAGACUGAUUGCUGGAUUCCUAGAUAGGACUGUCUGUUCUCACACGGGUUGUCAGUGGUUUAUUUCGACUUGUCUUCUGAAGUGCCACAAGCGGUAUGUCUUUGAAAUUAAACCAUCCACACCCAUUAAUUAGUUGAACGUUGGAAAACAAAACAAAGUGCUAAUGGACCUACAUUUCCCCCCAUACUACUGCCAUUAUCUGACUCUUAAACCCUCCCUUGUUUUGCCCUGCUGAUAUUUUCUCCUCUCUCAUGCUUGCUCUCCUCUCUGUACGUAACAUCUGUUGACAUAAUGGGCUCAGAUUUCAAGCUUGAGUAGCUGCAGCCACCACACCGCAGUUGUGAGCGUGUCGGACAGCCCAAAGAGGAAAGGCACGUUGCUCGGGACAUUUGAGAGACUGAAGAUUAAUGGCGAGGGGGGGGGGGACAUAGGGUAAUGUUCAGUGGCACAAAAAGCUCAAGCUGCCAUGUAAAACGGACCGUUUCAGACCGUCUGGUUUUCUUCUUUUUUCUUUUCUUCACAGCUGAAGAUGUUUCAAGUUACAAGAGCUGUUGCUCCUUUUCAAAAGAAAGCUUUUGUAUUCCAGUUUUGCAGAAGAGCGUUCCUCCCGAUGCUGUUCAAUGACUUCGCUUGUGAUUGUUCUGCGAGUCGGUGCAUUACUGUAAAAGUGUAAAGUUGUUCACUGCAGCCGAAUCAAAUCUUUAUCAAUAAAAAAGUCAAACGAUC